AAACAUUUCUCCUCUCUUUCUUCAUUCUCUCGAGUCGUUCUAUCAAAUUUCUCCUUCCUCUGCUCUAGUAUCUACUACUCGAUCGUUAUUUACAUACAUAAAAUACGAUCGGUCUUGUUAGAGUUUUUUCUCAAACAAGACCGUUCGUUUAACUUUUUUUUUUUUUUAAAUCGGUCAAGGAGUUUCAGUAUCCGUUUUAUUCAAAAAGUAUAUAAAUGGCUCCGGUUUCGCUGCCUCCUGGUUUUAGGUUCCAUCCGACGGAUGAAGAACUAAUCACCUACUAUCUCAAAAGAAAGAUCAACGGUCGCGAGAUCGAGCUAGAGAUCAUCCCUGAAGUAGACCUCUACAAGUGCGAACCAUGGGACUUGCCAGGGAAGUCACUGCUUCCGAGCAAAGACCAAGAAUGGUACUUCUUCAGUCCAAGGGACAGAAAGUACCCCAAUGGUUCAAGAACAAACCGGGCAACAAAAGGCGGUUAUUGGAAAGCCACGGGCAAAGACCGGCGGGUAAGCUGGAAAGAUCGAGCCAUAGGAACCAAGAAAACAUUAGUUUAUUACCGUGGACGCGCCCCACACGGUAUCAGAACUGGUUGGGUCAUGCAUGAAUAUCGCCUCGAUGAAACCGAAUGCGAGCCUACUGCGUUCGGCAUGCAGGAUGCAUAUGCACUUUGCCGCGUUUUUAAGAAGAUAAUCAUUGAAUCGAAACCAAGAGAUCAACAUCAGCCUUACGUCCACACGAGCUCGAAUAUAAGUGGUAACUCGAGUUUUGACGUUUGUUCAGAUCUCGAAAUAAGUUCGGAUACACAUCAAGUUCUCCAUUAUAAUAACGCUACCGAUAUCCAACCGCCAUUUGGAAACGCAAACGUAACCGGUGAUCACGACGGCUGGUCGCAAUACUUGUCACAAGACAUGCCUGCAAGCUUUCCAAAUUACGGAUCUCCUUAUGGACCAUACCUCACUCAAUCAAAGGUGAAUACAGAAGCUGAAUGUGACAUGUUGCAACAUCAUAUGCCGUUGCCACAGUUGCGGGUAGAAAACUCACCGGUUCAAGCCGGCGAUUUCUCCACGAUAACGAAUCAAAACAGCGAUCAUUGCGGUUUCGAGGACUUUACUUUCGCUUCAAGCAACUCCAACCAGUUCUAUGGCAGUAACGUUGAUGAUCGUUUGUUGCACAAUGACAAUUUCAAUGAACAAUUGCUCAAUGCUGAAAAUUCUACAUGGAUGAGAAUGUCUGAGGGGAAUAUAAAACAGAGUUUUAUAGAAGAACAAGAGAUUUUGCCAAGUUUUGAGCACAAUGAUCAAGAUCUUGAGUUUUAUGGCGGAUCUCGGACUAAUACAAUCAACAACAUAGAGAUCGAUGAAUUUUUCUCGUUUGAAAACCGAGUAGAAGACAACGACAAUUCAAACGUAACACUAGAUUCUUCAGGAAUCGAAACGGUUGAAGAAGAGAUUAGCGUAAACCAUCAAAUGCUCAUUUGUACACGUCAAACAACAGAAGUGUUAUACUAUCAAGUCGUACCGUCGCAGAUAUUGAAAAUUCACAUAAAUCCGGUUCAAGGCAUUGAAGAGAGAACAAUGGUGAUGGAGGAAGGCAAGGAUUCUUGGUUGCACAAGGCUGAAAGUGCUGCGAAGAUGAAAUUGAAGCAGCUUAGUGUAGUUGCAAAACAUUAUUACAAAUGUCUAACGAUUAUUUUCUGAUUUAUUUAUUUAUGUUACUAACUUACUAUUGUGGUAUACCCCUUUGAAAAGAAGAGAGGGUAUACAUAUAUAUAUAUAUAUAUACACUAUCAUACAUUGUAUUCUAUUUAGAGAUUGAUUUCAUUGUCAUUUGCUUAAGAUCGAUCAUUGGGGGAGAUAAAGGCUAUUUAUAAUGUUAAUUUUGAAAUUAUUGGUAUAGAUACUUUAUCAUUUUUUUUUCUAACAAAGUAAUUAAGUUUGUAUUUUUUCCAAAACCAUAAAAAAGAAACGAAUUGCUAUAUAAAAUUCUUUAAGUUACCAAAGCCCAACAAAAUAAAGGAGGACCCAAUAGAAAUUCCUCAAAUCACACGAGUCACGUGGAUAACACGAGCGUUAGGGUUUUUCG